CUCGUCGGCCACCAGAUUUUCCGGGGGCAAUUCCUUGUCGUCGUCCACUCGAUCCGACAAGUCUGUGUUGCAGUAGUCCUGAUUACGACACCAGCAGCGGACCUUCAAGAAAAAACGCUCUGAGUCUGAGUAAAAGCGGGGGGCAUGCUUAUUAUUUUCUAGUAAAAAUACAGCUGCAAAAAAUUGAAUAA